AUGAGCGAAAGCAACACUCGUUGGACAUUACUUGUCGGUAUCAACUUCUACGCGACUCGACCGCUGAGGGGAUGUGUUAACGAUGUCAACAUGAUGAAACAAUACCUGAGAAGCGAUGCGACAAACAACAGAGUGACUGUCCUUACAGCUACCAAAUCACCCGAUACGGCAUAUCGCCAGCCUGUGGAACAGCAAUCAGCAUGGCCUACUCAAUCCAAUAUCCGCUCUCACUUGGAGGAAAUUAUCAGGUCGGCCAAUGCCGGUGACCUAGUCUACAUUCACUACUCGGGUCAUGGAAGCCGCCGACCCACACCUGCUCAAAAGCCGUACGGACAUAGUGACACCGGUGAUGUGGCAUUGGUGGUUUUGAACGACGAUGCUUCUGCAAACGAAGACUUCCCCGGAUUUGCUCUCGCAAUGAUACUCAAGCGAAUGGUCAAAAAGGGUCUACUUGUCACACUCGUACUAGACUGCUGCUUUUCUGGGCACGUGUACCGACAAGAUAGCGAACAGAACACCAGCAUUCGAACCCUGGGUCCUAUAUCGGCAAUAGGUGAACUACCUGUGCACAGCAGCCGCUCCUACACGACACAGCAGACCUUCCGGGAUGCCCAGCCACUUCCACGCUGGCUGGUUAACCCCGAAGGAUACAAAAUAAUUUCAGCCUGCGGACCACACGAAAUUGCCCAAGAGACAGCGUUUCACGGAGCGCAUCAUGGCGUGUUGUCAUUCUUUCUCCACCAGUCUCUGGUUUCUCUGAGGAACCAGCAGACUGCGAUCUCACACCAGACAUUUCUGGGUAACUUGAUAAACUCAGUUCAGUCCCAGGUGACUCGUCAGACACCUACGCAUUGUGGAACCCAACGGUUCUCCUUUUUUGAGGGAAUCUCUAGGGAACCUAUCUCUGAUUUUAUUCCUGUAUCAGGUGAUAAUUCUCGGCUUUGCCUGGAUGCUGGAUCUGCCCAUGGGGUGUGUUGUGGUGAUACGUUUGCCCUAUAUCCAUUCUUUUCGCCCGAGAACGCGAUAGAAGCUGCCUCACUUCCAUCCUUCGAAGCCAAAGUUCUGUCCCUGACCCCUUUCACGUCCGAACUGGGGGCACCUGGAUCUGCUGCAAUGCCGAACGCGCACAGAAAUGGAUGGAAGGCCAAGGCACUCACUCGUUCCUUGCCUCCACAAGUCCAAGUCGGGUUGACACAAACGAUGGAUAAUAAAGCUGAAUGGUCCCGUGCAGCCCUUGGUCGGCACUUCUUCCAAAUUCUGGAAGAGCCAAGUGCUGACAGCCAAUGCGAGUUCUUUCUCGAUAGGGCUCAAGAUGGGAAUUAUCGAAUCUUGAACUCAGCUCACCAAAUGAUCCCCAGCAUUCUGCCGAUCCCCUUAGACUCGCCCGCUGAGUUCCAGCCCGUCAUAGAAAUUCUUGAACACCUAGCCACCUUUAAAUACAUCGAAGGGUUUAAAAGCCCGAUCCCCACCUUGAAAUUCCAGAGCAACUUCCAUCUGGAUCUGGAGGAUGCAAGCCAAAGAUUCUAUUCUUUGGAUGCUGUACUUGAUACCAAGGAAAACCAGGAUUUGAAGUUGACAAUCAAGAACAAGAGCAAGAAUUCCCCACUAUAUGCAACUAUUCUCAACUUGACUCCGAUGUGGCAGAUUCAAUGUCUUACUGCUGAUGAAGGAAAUUCCGGUUACUUGACGAUUCCACCAGAAGGCGAUGACUGCACCGACAAGGGUACGAUUGAGUGGUCAAUGGCCGUCCCUGGGCUCUUGCGACCGCAACAAGAAUGUGAAGACAAGAUUAAGAUUAUCUUAACAACUCACCCAACGUCUUUCCACACACUGCUUUUGCCUAAGAUUGUUGAGCCCAUUGAGCAUCGCCUUCGAACCCAUCAGCCAACCUCUGCAUGGAUUUCGCUCAGUGAGCAGCCGACUAGCAUCGGACGGCAAGAAGAUUAUUACAUCGCAACACUGGUGAUACGAACUCAUGUCUGA